AUGACUCGUCCUUACCAACCGCUGACGCCGAUCAAGAAGCUCAAAGAGGGCGAAUCAGUGCGUCUGCCCUCGCCCGAAUAUUCCUCGUCGCUUUACUCGCAGUUGACGUUUGCCUGGGUGAAUUACAUGGUGUACCUUGGCUUCAAGAGGCCACUCCAGGACAUUGAUCUGGCUGACAUUGAAACCCAGGACUGCUCUGUGUACUCGACUCACCUACUGCCGUUUGUUCGUCUUCAUAGAGAGGACUCGCUCUUCUGGUCGCUCUUCAAGGUCCUGAAGUGGGAGUUCUUUGCCCAGUUCCUGUGGGCUCUCCCUUGGUGCAUCUUGAUCAACGUCUCGCCCUACUGUCUCAACAAGAUCAUCGGCUAUAUCGAGUGCAAGACCUGCGGCCCACCCACGGCCAUCAACUACCUCUAUGUCUUUGGCCUGCUCUUCUCCUCCCUGAUCGAGUCGCUCUGCAACCAGCAGGCACUCCACAUUGGUCGACGUAUCUUUGUCCAUACCAUCUCCAUUUGCAAUGCCGAGGUCUUUGCCAAGACCCUCCGUCGAAAGGACAUGGCCUCGCCCGCCGAAAAGUCCUCAGAACAGGACCAGGCUGGCGAUACGAAGAAAGAUGGAACCCUGAAUAUCUCCAGUAAGUUGCAUACGCGGUAUCGCUUAGUCAACCUAGUCGCUGUCGAUAUCAAGAAGCUGGAGAUUCCUUUCAGUUACGUCUACUAUCUCUACGGCUUCCCUCUGCAGUUUAUUCUCGCCGGUAUUCAGCUUUACCAGUUGCUCGGAUAUGCGUCCUUAGUCGGCAUCGCAUCCAUGUUCGCUACCUUCCCUAUCCCCGCCAAGCUGUAUUCCAUGAUGCUGAAGGUCUUCAGGCAUAUCAUGAAUACCAAGGAUGAGCGCAUGGACGCCCUCAACGAGAUGCUGUCUGCUAUUCGCAUCGUAAAGUUCUUUGGCUGGGAGUCCAAGUUUGAGGAAAAAAUUACCGCUGCGCGCGAGAAGGAGUUGCAGCGCACCAAGGAAUCGUACAUCCAGAUGAUCUUCACCAACAUUAUCUGGACCAUUGUGCCCCUGCUCAACAUCGUCAUCAUUUUGGCCUGCUACACCAAGGUCUUUGGCCACGAAAUCACGGCCUCCAAGAUGUUCACCACCCUUGCCCUCUUCAAUAUUAUGCGUCAGUCCUUGAACACCCUUCCUUGGCAAAUCAAGAACACCAUGCAAGCUGCUGUCAGUUUGAAACGCAUCAACAAGUUCUUGUUGGAAGAGGAGCUCAUCAAGGACACAGCUGUGACCAAGGUCAAUGCCAAGGCUGGAACCAACAUCUCUCAACCCAUCAUCGGCUUUGUCAACGCCUCGUACGCCUGGCCCAACAAGGAGCAACGCUUUAAGCUGAAGAACCUCAACGUCGAUUUCCCUGUUGGAAAGUUCUCUGUUAUCAUUGGACCUACGGGCUCUGGCAAGUCUGCGUUGUUACUCGCAUUACUUGGAGAACUGGAACGACUUGAGGGACAGCAGUAUAUGCCUCGCUUGGACUAUGGGCGCAGCGCCUCUAGGGACGAGGGCUCCGGUAUUGCCUAUGUUGCUCAGACUGCCUGGCUUCAAAAUACUACCAUCCGCAACAACAUCUUGUUUGGCCGGGAGUUUGACCAGGAGCGGUACGAUGCCGUUGUUGAAGGAUGUGCACUCUUGGUUGACUUUGAGAUCCUGGAGUCUGGCGAUGCCACCGAGAUCGGCGAGCAAGGCAUUACUCUUUCAGGCGGUCAGAAACAGCGUAUCUCUCUGGCCAGAGCCAUCUACUCAAACGCAAGAGUCUUGCUGCUGGACGAUUGUCUCUCGGCUGUGGAUUCCCACACUGGCAAGCACCUCUUCCAAACUCUGACGGGUCCUUUAGUCGCUGGUCGCACGGUUUUGAUGGUCACCCACCAGGUCCAACUGACGAUGACGUCUGCCAGCUUGGUUGUCGUCAUGAACAAGGGCGAAAUUCUUGGCUCAGGCACCCCCCAGGAAGUCAUCUCCAGCGAAUGGGUCGAUAAUGUCAGUCUGGUUGCUCCCGCAGCCGAUGGCGACUCAAGCGAGGUCAGCACUCUGAACAGCGAGGGAGAGCAGCAACCCAAGGCUAAGAAGAGCGAGAAGAAGGCCGUCAAGUUGACUGAGGAUGAGAAGAAGAUCGAGGGCGCGGUCACAUGGAGAGUCUACAAAACCUACCUUACUGCUUCCGGAGGCUGGCCAUUCUGGAUCGGUCUGGUUAUCCUCUUCUUUACUCGUGAACUGGUCAAUGUCAGUCAAAAUGCAUGGCUGGCUAUCUGGGCCAACAAGGCGGCCCAGAGCACUGGAUCGUUUGCUAUCAAGACCUUUGACUACAUGACUCCCGCACCGGUCGCACAGUCCCUUUAUGCCGCUUUCGCUCCCAGAAAUGGCGGGUCCUAUGGCGUAAUUACAAUGGCUGUCUUUGGCAAGGGCGAACCCGAGACUGUCGACAUCAACUAUUACCUAGGUGUUUACAUUCUCAUCAGUCUCUUCACGCUUAUCUUCACGUCCUUGACCAACUACUACACCAUCAUUGGAGGUCUCCUUGCCUCUCGCUCACUGCACGAGCAGCUCCUCCGUAAGGUCUCUCGCGCCAAGGUCCGCUUCUUUGACACGACCCCCAUGGGCCGUAUCAUCAACCGCUUUAGUUCUGACAUCUCGACCAUCGACGACGACGUCAGUAACGGUAUCCAGGGCGUCUUCGGCUCAGUCGUCACUGUUGUCGGUAUUGUGGCGAUCAUCUCUGCCAGCAUGCCUCUCUUCAUGAUCCCGGCCGUCUUUAUUGUGGCCAUUUACGGCGUGAUCGGUGCUCUUUACGUUCCUGUGUCUCGAGACCUGAAGCGCUUGAACUCGAACUCUAGAUCCCCAAUCCUGAUCCAUUUUAAUGAAGCCCUGACUGGUCUUGCUACUAUUCGCGCUUACGGUUUCGAGCGACGUUUCCGUUCCAAGAACCUCAUCAACCAGGACAACAACAACAGGACGUUUUUCUUACUCUGGUCAACCAACCGCUGGCUUCACUGGCGCGUCGACAUUGCCGGCGCACUGGUAGCGUUUGUCACAGGUAUCUUGAUCAUGCAGAACUAUGAUGACAUCGAGCCGGGCUGGGCUGCUAUGAGCCUGAGCUACGCGCUCAUGUUCACAACGACGAUCGUGUGGUUGAUCCGCAACUAUGCCCAGAACGAGAUGAACCUGAACUCGGUCGAGCGUGUGGCCGAAUAUAUGAACUUGGAGGAGGAGCCCCCAGCCAUCAUCGAGGGAUCUCGCCCACCAGCUUCGUGGCCAUAUGCUGGAGAGAUUGUCGUCGACCACCUGGUUAUGAAGUACGCUCCCGAUACCCCUGCUGUCAUCAAGGAUAUUUCGUUCAGGAUCAAUGCCGGCGAGAAAAUCGGUGUUGUUGGUCGCACAGGCUCCGGCAAGUCGACGUUUGCUAUCAGUCUAUUCCGCUUUAUGGACCCUGCCAGUGGAUCUAUUACAAUUGAUGGCAUUGAUAUCUGCAAGAUCGGACUCCACGACUUGCGUUCCAAUCUCACAAUUAUUCCACAAGACCCUAUCUUGUUCAAGGGUACCCUUCGAUCCAACUUGGAUCCCUUUGGCGAACGCGAGGAUCGAGAGUUAUGGGAGGCUCUUCGCCGGAGCCAUCUGAUUCCCGAUACGAGACCCAACUCCAAGGCGCCGAGUUAUCGCAACAGUCUCGAGAUUACCGCCAACGAGACGGUCGACCCCUCCAAGAUCACAUUAGACACUCCUGUGAAAGAGAACGGAUCGAACUUUUCUCAGGGUCAACGCCAGUUGAUCGCCUUGGCCCGUGCAUUGGUUCGGCAGUCAAAGAUUAUUGUGAUGGACGAGGCGACGGCCAGUGUGGACUUUGAGACCGAUCUGAAGAUCCAGGGCACGAUUCGUCAGGAGAUGGCCAAUUCGACUAUCAUCACGAUCGCGCACCGAAUCAGGACAAUUGCAGAUUUUGACCGUGUCCUGGUGAUGAACGCAGGCGAGAUCGCCGAGUUUGACAAGCCCCUGGUGUUGAUGAAGAAGGAGGACGGACUGUUCCGAUCAAUGUGUGAGCGAUCCGCCGAGUUUGACGCACUUCUUGCGAUCGCUGAAGAAAAGGAGAAGAGAGAUGCUGAGCGCAAGUAA